AUGGCUGUUUCUGUGUUGGAUAAGCGCAAGGAGAACUUAAAUGAGGAUAAGGCUUGUUUGAGGCUUGUUUCCGCCAUUAGUCACAUGUGUUCAUGUUCAUGCAGGGAUGGCGCCCAGCCAGCGAUGAACUGCCCCACUCGUUCCCCUCAAAAGGAGCAGGUGUUCGCCCUCUUCUCCGUGGGAGCCUUGUGCAGCGUGUAUACUGAGGCAGAAGUUCCUGUGACUUCACCUAGUAAUGCUGCUGAUGGCUGCUAUUUGGUUGGCAGUGUGGUGCCUGCAGAUCCGGAAUCGCCGCCAGCCGCAGCACACCAAGCCGGAGAACCUAAUGAACUGGCACCUCAAACAGGUGAGGAAACACUACCGCCGGCUGAAGAUGAAGCUCAGCCUCCUCAAGCCCCAAGUGCUGAAAAUAGACAGGACUUGGGAGAGAAGCAACAGGACCCAAAGCCCAGCGGUGCUCCAACUGCGCCAGACGAAGUCUCUACAAACUCCAACACGGCAAAUCAGACGCUGCCUGCUCCUGUAGCGGCCUCCAAUGGUCCUGUCGACGAAAAGGAAACGACCAGAAAGGACCUUGGGGUGUCGCAACCGACCCUGACCACGGAAUACCAACCAGCGGACACAGGAAAUCUCCUGACACCCAUUACUCCUACUGCACCCACUGACGCCAGCAUGGAACCGAAGCCAUUAGAUGCUGCUGCUCUGUUCACUGAAACUGCCCAUCAGAGCUCAGUAGAUCAACUUGAGGAGGCCUUGGCAAGUGUGUUUGAGGAAUUCGAAGAUUUCUCCAGUCCAGUAGGACCACAGUUUGGAACCACAUCUGAGGAAGAAAAUCGAGAGCGCACUAAUGGCCUGCAAUCGAAAACGUUGCGGGGGAUAGCGAGUUCAGACGGAGAAAACGGGGACACCGCGGAUUCAGAAAAUAAUUUGUUGGAAAGCUCUGGAGACGUAGGACCCUCUGGGCGCAGUGCACAGACUGGGCGCAGUUCAGGCAGUGGGAACAAUCAGAGCUCUGGGAGCUCUGGGGGUUCCAACCCUUCUGCAAGCUCUGGCGCUUCCCCUGUUUAUCCGAGCUUGCUGACAGCAGCCUUCACGGUCACGAGCUCUAUGGUUAUUGGGUUUCUUGCAGUUUGA